GAGCAACUGCCAGUCUUUUGCAAAGGAGAAUUCUGCCAUUGCACAUUCAGUGUGUGUGUCUCUCUCUUUAUUUAGACAGGAUAGCAGGUCUCCCAUCUUAAUUUUGUCAAGGUAAGAUCGAACAUUUGGGAAUUUAUAAUAUGGCUUAUGAUGUAACUGACUUAUGACUUGUAUAAAUGAAAGUGUAAGGUUUCAGCUAAACCUUUGCCUCAGUGUAAUAGUAGUAGGCCUAUAAUAGUAAAAUAUAGUAUACUUAUAAUUAUAGUAAUAGUAUAACACUUGAGGUUGCCCCUUGAUUAUGUGUGUUCAUUUAAACCAAAUGUCACCUAAUCUUCCAUUCAAUUGCAAACCGUUUUUUAAAUGUUGUUUUCCUGUUUUAGGUCUGUUAUGAAGAAAUAGCAAGUGGUUAAUGUACCUGGUCAUAAAAUAUUAAAGUAAUUCCUCUCAAUGUGUACUUGUGACAAGGCUUGCCAUUAUGUAGAUACGGAUAGUAUAGCCUGCUGGUGGUCUCAACUAACCAGAUUUACCAGAGCAAGAGAGCACAAAACUGUUUGUACCUGGUCACCAUCUUUCAGGUGUUCUCUUUAAAUUAAGAAUAUAGGUGCCAUACAGUGAGGGAGACUAGAGGGAGAGACAGGAUUAUAAACUUCUAAAUGUGCGUCACAAAUGAAAUUAAAAAAAUAUAUAUAUAUACAGGUGAGAAUGUUUUGUAUGAUAUACCUCAGUAAAUACAUGUUUUCUUCAAGGGAUUAGUCUGUUUUGUAAUGUUCUCUAUUUUAUGAGAACACUGCUGUACCAUGCUAAAGAAGUUGAUAGAACUGUUUUGUGUUUGUCAUUGCGAAAGACUGGAUUAUCUAGCCCAAAUGUCAGUUUGCUGUCGUCCUUCAACUGUGAUUCAUUCCAUUGACAGGAAUUGAGUGGGCCAGCCUCAUUGGGUAAUAGCUUGUUACCCUCUGUUGUUUCAGGCUGGCUGUUCAUGGACAUGGACCUUCGUCUACUAUCACUCCUGUUGUUCUGUGUCUGCAGACAAGGACUAACUGUAAAGCACUGAAAUUAAUCAUCAACAUCAAUCGUGACUACUUUUCCUGAAUGAUGUGCAACAUUCUCAUAUCACUGUUUUCCCCUUCAAGCAGAAUGGAGAGGUGUCAAAUGAUGCUCCAAUCCCUCUGGUCCCCCUCAUCCCAUUGAUGCCCAGCCACCCUAAAGAGGUCUGUUGCCAAAGCAGAAUACACAGCUCUCAUUCCCUCCACAUGCAUUUUUACUCUACAUUGUCUUAACCCAACACAAUCCACUCUUCCAGGAAUCAGGGACUUCUGCCCCCAGGACACAGGAGCUUCAAAACACAAGUCCCACCUCAUAUACAACCACCCCUCCUCCCCUCGUGACGACCAGUUCCCCGGGCGGGGGCUCGUCUGAGGAGGAUAAUCAGCAGCAGGAUGGGGGUUGUAGGGCCCAGGCCCGCAGGCCAAAAUCCAGGCAGGCCUUAGCUGGCGCCAUCCAGAGACUGGGCAUGAAGCUGUUGGGCCAGAUGAAGACAGGACCUGAGCAGCCCAAUGUCAUUAUAUCCCCCCUCAGUAUAUCACUGGCACUCUCCCAGCUGGCUCUGGGUAGGACCUGUUCUGUUUUUGCUGUUUUUUUAGGAGUGAUUAAAACGUUUUAGGAAUGUAGGUAUCUAUGCUAUUUCAGUAUCAACUGUACUUGGCAUGGUUUACAGUACCAGCAUCACAACCUCUUAGGCUAUGUCCCAAAUGGCACCCUAUUCCCUAUAUAGUGCACUACCUUAGACCAUAGGACACGUUUAGACUCAACAUGACCUCAUUGAAUUGUUUGUUGUAAAUGUUGAGAGCUCAAAUCAAAUUGUAUGCGUCAAGUGUACAGUUUACAGCAGGAAUACAAUUUACAGCUAAAUGCUUGUGUGCUAGCUCACUCAACAUUGCAGUCCAAUAAUCAAUAACACUAUCAUAAGCUGCAGCAUGUUGCAUCAUCAUCAUCAUGUCUAUGUAUGUAUCUCAGGAGCCAUGAAUGAGACAGAGGAGCUGCUGAUGCACCAUCUCCAUGGUGACACUAUGCCCUGCUACCACAUGUCUCUACACAACUUCCUGGAACGCCUCCGCAAGAGCGACCUGCAAGUGGCCACACGCCUCUACCUGCAACCAGGUCAGUGCUCACUGCUUCAGGGUUGGGGUCAAUUCCAUUUCAAUUCCAGUUAGUUCAGUAAGUACACAGAAAUUCCAAUUCUCUUCAAUGCUUUUCAUAGAGGAACCUUUGGAAUUGGAAUUUUGUUAAUUUUGUUAACCUUUUACUGCAGUGGGCUAAAUCAGGGUCACACAGUGUUUCUUGGUAGUCUUAAACAAAUCUACUUUGAAACAAAAGUAUACACCUCACACACAUAUUCAUGGGCUUAAAAAAAAGAAGACACCUGUACCAUGUCAGAUAUAGAGUUGAAAUGUAGUUCAUUUUGAGUUUGCAUCCCUAUAUUAUACUUUAUAUACACCACAGAAGACUGAAAUAUAACAAAAUCAUUUGACAUAGAAACACCGGAUUUUCAACAUUUAAAAUCAUGUUUAGGUAAUUAUGAAAAAUAUGAAAAAUAUUAAUAACAUUCCACCCAUGAGGCCACUAGAGGGCGAUUUGGUCAUUUGACUGGAGGAAAGGGAGCUGAAAUGGAAUUGACCCCAACACUUCACUGCUUACUUGAGUAAGAGGGUUAGGAAGUUGAUGGAACAUAAAGGAAACUGACCUGGAAAUGGAAGGAAGAUAAUGACAAUAGACAUAUUAUGAUUGAGUGUACAGAAGUUCAAACAAGUGACAUUGAAUGAAACAAUACUCUAAAUGGCCAGAUAUAAGUAAGAAAGUACUAAUGUGUUACUGACUAUAUGACUUCAUGAUAACAUUAUGAUUUUGUCUGAAAUAGUAUUUUGAUGUCUGUUUCAGGGUUUGAGCCCAAACCAGAGUUUAUUCAUCAGUCUCAGGAUGUAUAUGACUCAGAGCCAGUGACCUUGGAAGGGCUGGCUGAGGUCAACGAGUGGGUAGAGAGGGCCACUAAUGGAAAAGUGACCGACUUCCUGACCAGUCUGCCACCCAAUCUGCUUCUCAUGCUCAUCAAUGCUGUCCAUUUCAAAGGUUUGUCAUAGUAUCUAUCUACUCAAUUCACAAUUCUGUUUCCUGUCUGGCAUUAUCAGUCUGUCUGUCCUUAAAUGCUUUUUUUCUAAUAUUAUCUCCGUAAUCACCCAUUUGUCCUAAACAGGAGAAUGGAAGGCUCGCUUUGACCCACGAUUUACCUCCAAAGACGUCUUCUACAUUGACGACAAGCACAUGGUCAACGUUGACAUGAUGAUGGGGCCCAAAUACCCCUUGAGUCUGUUCACUGAUAAUGAUCUGGAGGCUCAGGUAAGACUCUCACUCCCUCUUGUCCACUCCUGCUUGACAAUUUAUGUUUUUCAUACUUUUACCAUCCAUCACUCUCUACAUGUAGUAUAUACCUGUAUACUGUAUGUUAUAUUAUAUUUCAGAUAUGACUCCAAAAUGGUAUUUGGCUCCUUUUUUAUGACAUAUUGUCUUCAUUUUGUAAUUUAUCUCCUUGAAUUUCUCUAUUCCCCCUCCUACUUUCCUGAGUCACAAAAUUGUUGCACACUAUAUUACCUCACUUCUAUUUCUCAUCCUUGUCCUGGUCUUCCUGUGCAGGUGGCUCGCUUCCCCUUCAACAAUCAGAUGAGCCUGCUGAUAGUGAUGCCCAUGAAUGGCCAGGUGAACGUGUCAGCCCUCACAACAAAGCUCAACAUCUCUGACCUGUACAACCGCCUGCCCAGAGAGAUAUCCAUGCAGGUCAAACUGCCCAAAUUCAAACUGGACUACAGCCAGGACCUGCAGGAGGCUCUGACCAACAUUGGUAAGUAGUGGAAGAUCCAUAAGCAGCCUAGAUUAAUAUGUGAAGUGACUAUACUACUGAAAACGUUCACAGAUAAUAAAGCUUGAAGUACAAUAACAUGGAGCAGCAGAAGCUGUUCCAUGUUAUUCUUCAACACAAAUUGAAAUUACUAGCAGAAGCUGUAAGUCUUUUUGAAAACUUUAGAACUGCCCCUCUUCCUCUUAUACCUAAGUGUGUGAUUUGUCCUAUUCUCAGGUAUGGGGGAGUUGUUUGCUAGUCCCAACCUGGCAGCCAUAGCUGAGGGCCCUCUGCUAGUGUCCAGUGUGCAGCACAAGUCCAGUAUGGAGAUCACUGAGGAGGGAGCAGAGGCUGCUGCUGCUACCAGCCUGGUCAUCUCACGGUCCAACCCCUAUUUUAGUCUCAACCAGCCCUUCUUCUUUGCCCUCAUGGACGAUAAGACACAAGCACCAGUCUUCCUGGGCGUCAUCACCAAUCCUAACCCUGGAGCUCCUGCUAUGCAGAGUAGUGGAGGGUCUGCCAACCUAGAUAAAGUACAGUUCCCCAUUGAUGACAAGAAUGACAAGAAUGACAAGCAUUAUCAUCACUCUUUUGGUGGGCCACCCAAGUAAGCCCAAACCUCAUUCACUGUGGGGAGAUUGAGACCAUUAUCUAUUGACCUUGAACUGCACUGCUGUCUGUCAGAGAGGAAGCAAAUCCAGAUGAGCAACUCAGAUGCAUGACAACAGCCCAAGUUAUCCAAAUGGUCAGCUGGAUUGAAAUGCAAAAAUGUUUCUAAGUGUGUCAAAACAUAAACAAGCAGCAGUUGUUUUUCUUUUUUCUUUAGUUUUAUUUUAAAUACACAACACACUGAAGUGCCCCACAUUCUCUAAUAAAGUUUACUGCUGAUUAAAAAUAAAAGUAUUUCUAUCUGAUGUUUUGGAUUAAAUGUAUCAUGAAAAUGCAAUAUUGUGUCCAGAUUUAUUAGGCUACUUGAUAAGAC